AUGCAUAGAAGAGAAGUAACUGCUGAAGGUUUUCGAGCUUGUGGAAUGAUCUCAAAUUGCAUAAAGGACAAACACGAAGAGCUAUCGUUCUUCCGGGAUAUUCAAAAGCGCGAGAAAGAGCAAGCUGCUAGCCUUCUUCAGCCCGUUUCCGAAGAGUUUGAAGCUAAUGGGAACUAUGGGCUCUAUAGAAUGGAAUCGGAAGGAAGAAAAAGGGCGGGAUUUGAUACUGGAAAAAAUGACUACAACUGGCUAAAAACACCGCCGGCAACACCACUAUUUCCAUCACUUGAGAUGGAAACAAAUGGGCAAGAAUUAGUCAUUCAGAGGGAAAUACCAAUCCUCCAGCCUCUUUCAAGGUUUGCAGAAAGUUCACAAGGCACAAAAGCAAGUAGCAUACCAAUAUCUCCAAAACCGAAGCCAAAACUUCUGCAACGAUACACGACCCCAAACGCUAGGCCAAGUAUAUCACCGUCAUUCGAAAACAAGAACAUGAAAAGCCCACCAAUUAUAAAUCAAAAAAAGUCAAUCCCAGUUAAGUCAACCCCAAACGAAAAAGUCCACCCGAAUUUCCCAACAUCAUCAUUAAUAAACCUUACAAAAAACGCAACGACCAUGGAACCAAAUUCAAGCAUCAACAACCUCAAAAACAGAGGAUUAUCGGACAACACACCGCCUAAUAAUCUAAGAACAACGACCAAUCAUAGGCCAGCAUCAACAACUCGUGGAAGAUCAACGAAUCAGAAUUAUCUUCCGGCGGGCCCGCAAAAAGAGGAUGCGAGUUCGAACCUGAGAAGACAAUCGUGCUCUCCUAGUGUGACAAGAGGUAGAAAAGUAGUUGACUCGGAUAAUAAAAGUCAACAACAUGUUGGAAAUCGAGGAGGAGGAGGCCAAGUGUUGGGGAGUAGAAUGGUGGAUAGGUUUAUGAAUUCGAGAAUUUCGAGUGGCGACGAAAGACAGAGUGCAAAGAUUAAGGUAAAUGAGAGCUCUGGUUUUGGAAGAUUGAUGUCGAAAACUUCAUUGGACAUGGCUAUCAAACACACGGAGUUUCAAAAAGACUCGAGUAUUAGUACUCGUAAGCAUGGUAUUGUACAAGGAAGAAAAUCGUAA